CUUCUCCCCCCGUGAUUUAGACCGGAGUGCCCUCUUCUGCGCCGUCCAGAUCACGACCGUCCGCGACCGCUCCGCGCACAGCCCCACAGCGGCGCAGGAGUCCGUCCAGCGUUCCCCGGACGCGUCGCGCUCUCCCUCGCCCCGGGAAGGACCGGCCACUCCGCCGCCGAGGGAAGGCGCAGCGGCUGACCUCUCGCCGCGGGAAGGAGCGCCACCCCUGCGGGGCCUGCCGUUGUCACCCACCGGAGCAGCAGCAGCAGCAGCAGCAGCAGCAGCAGCAGCAGCAGCAGCAGCAGCCUCGCGCUCAGGUCCACCGGGCGCCGUCGCUUCCGCCGUGAGCAUGCCGGAUAAGAAGUUCUUCGAGAACCUCUCCGGAGGAGGGAAGGCCAUCGGCGUCUUGACCAGCGGCGGCGAUGCUCAAGGUAUGAAUGCAGCUGUUCGUGCAGUAGUACGUAUGGGAAUCUAUGUUGAAGCGAAAGUUUACUUUGUCUAUGAGGGCUACCAAGGCAUGGUUGAUGGAGGUGAAAAUAUUGUUGAAGUCACAUGGGAAAGUGUUUCAAGCAUCCUCCAAGUGGGGGGGACGGUUAUCGGCAGUGCGCGCUGCAAAGCUUUUCGAACACGGGAGGGUCGUCUGAAGGCAGCCUGCAACCUGGUAAAGUGUGGCAUCACUAACCUUUGCGUGAUUGGGGGAGAUGGCAGCUUAACGGGUGCUAACCUGUUUCGCAAGGAGUGGAGCGGACUGCUGGAGGAGCUGGCAAGAAAUGGUGAGAUUGAAGAAGAGGCCGUGAGGAAGUAUUCUUACCUCAACAUUGUGGGGAUGGUUGGCUCCAUUGAUAAUGACUUCUGUGGGACAGAUAUGACCGUUGGCACCGACUCAGCUUUGCACAGAAUCAUUGAAGUGGUGGACGCCAUCAUGACCACUGCUCAAAGCCAUCAGAGGACUUUUGUUCUGGAAGUGAUGGGAAGACACUGUGGGUACCUAGCUCUUGCUAGUGCUUUAGCCUGUGGAGCAGAUUAUGUCUUUAUUCCUGAAUAUCCACCAGAGGAAGGUUGGGAAGAUCAUAUGUGCUCUAAGCUUUCUGAGAACCGGGCACGAAAGAAAAGGUUGAAUAUCAUAAUUGUAGCAGAAGGUGCCAUUGAUUCCCAUAACAAGCCGAUAACUUCAGAACAAGUUAAGGAUCUCGUGGUCCAGCGUUUAGGGUAUGACACCCGUGUAACUAUCCUUGGACAUGUUCAAAGAGGAGGGACCCCCUCAGCUUUUGAUAGGAUUUUGGCAAGCCGCAUGGGCGUGGAGGCAGUCCUGGCCCUCUUAGAAGCUACACCUGAGACUCCCGCCUGCGUGGUCUCACUGUCUGGAAACCAAUCCGUCCGCCUGCCUUUAAUGGAGUGUGUGCAGAUGACCCAAGAUGUGCAGAAAUGCAUGGACGAAAGAAGGUUCAGUGAGGCUGUGCAACUCCGUGGAAGGAGUUUUGAGAACAACUUGAAUACAUACAAGCUAUUGUCUACCAAAAAGUCAGCUGCUGAACUUCCCAAGAGUAACUUCAAUGUAGCUGUUUUAAACGUAGGUGCUCCAGCAGCUGGAAUGAAUGCAGCAGUUCGAUCUGCUGUGAGAAUUGGAAUAACUGAAGGACACAAAAUGUUUGCCGUCACCGAUGGCUUUGAAGGGUUUUCUAAGGGGCAGAUCAAAGAAAUCAGCUGGGGAGAUGUUGGAGGUUGGACUGGCCAAGGAGGAUCAAUCCUGGGCACAAAACGUACCCUCCCUGGAAAAUAUUUGGAGAAGAUUGCAGAACAGAUGCGAGCUCAUAACAUCAAUGCCCUCCUAGUUAUUGGUGGAUUCGAGGCCUACCUGGGACUUUUGGAGCUCUCUGCUGCCCGGGAGAAAUAUGAUGAGUUCUGUAUUCCCAUGGUUAUGGUUCCUGCAACCGUAUCCAACAAUGUACCAGGUUCUGAUUUCAGCAUUGGUGCAGACACUGCUCUGAACACUAUCACUGAUACUUGCGACCGAAUCAAGCUGUCUGCAAGCGGGACAAAGCGCCGGGUGUUCAUUAUCGAGACCAUGGGUGGCUACUGUGGCUACCUGGCAAAUAUGGGGGCCCUCGCUGCGGGGGCUGAUGCAGCAUACAUCUUUGAGGAGAAGUUCGAUAUACGGGAGCUCCAGGCCAACGUGGAGCAUCUGACAGAAAAGAUGAAAACGAGCAUUCAGCGGGGGUUGGUGCUGAGGAAUGAAAACAGUAAUGAGAAUUACACAACCGACUUCAUUUACCAGCUGUAUUCUGAAGAAGGGAGAGGGGUCUUCGACUGCAGAAAGAAUGUGCUGGGUCACAUGCAACAGGGUGGUGCUCCUUCUCCAUUUGAUAGAAACUUUGGGACAAAAAUUUCAGCAAAGGCUGUUCUAUGGCUCUCCAAGAAACUGAAAGAAUGCUAUCGAAGAGAUGAAGGACGGGUAUUUGCCAACACUGAGGAUUCUGUCUGUCUCCUGGGAAUGCGCCGGAGGAACCUCCUGUUCCAGCCUGUGGCCAAGCUGAAGGACGAUACGGACUUUGAGCACCGAAUUCCCAAGGAACAGUGGUGGCUGAAGCUGCGCCCCCUGAUGAAAAUUCUGGCCAAAUACAAGACCAGCUACGAUGUCUCGGAUUCAGGCCAGCUGGAGCACGUGCAUAGACCAAAUCCAGAAGAAUCCUGAGCUGGCGAUCCCAAGACGUCACACCAUUCAAGUUUGUGAUAGCUGCCCGUUCUCUGUCAACAGUGCUUUAGAAUCCUUAUUACAGCUUCUUUUGUAAAAUCUAAGUUAUUGUACCAGCACUUUAUGUGGGGGAGGGGAGAACCCCCAACAGCCAUCACAGAAGUUCUCUGCCUCGUAUUGUUGUAGGGCUCUUAAUGUGCCACUCAACACCCCAGCACCUACCUUGGCAAAGCAAGCCCCGUUACCAACGUGUUCCUUACCAACAGCCUGUCCGAAACCGGUUCUAUGCACUCUGCUGACAUUAUUCAUCUCUUGCACUUUUUACCAGACAGUGUUUACACUCAAAAGCAUAUUUCAGAGGCUUAGUUUUGUGUCACGCUAAAAGGAAACAUAUAGACCCCAGCUGGAAUAAAAUGCUGUAUUGAAAGGAA